CGCAUAACCAGCCGCGCUGCCACACUCCGUUCUCUCCUCGUCCAUUUUGCGGUGAGUCUUUGAACGCGGAGGAAAAUGCCGGACCCGGCCAAGUCUGCUCCUGCUCCCAAGAAGGGCUCCAAGAAAGCCGUCACCAAAGUACAGAAGAAGGACGGCAAGAAGCGCAAGCGCAGCCGUAAGGAGAGCUAUUCCGUCUACGUGUACAAGGUGCUGAAGCAAGUGCACCCGGACACCGGUAUCUCGUCCAAGGCCAUGGGCAUCAUGAACUCCUUCGUGAACGACAUCUUCGAGCGCAUCGCGGGCGAGGCUUCCCGCCUGGCGCAUUACAACAAGCGCUCGACCAUCACGUCCCGGGAGAUCCAGACGGCCGUGCGCCUGCUGCUGCCCGGGGAGCUGGCCAAGCACGCCGUGUCCGAGGGCACCAAGGCCGUCACCAAGUACACCAGCUCCAAGUAAAGCGCAGCCAAGACGUGAUUGAUCGACUUUACCCCAAAGGCUCUUUUCAGAGCCACUUCAGCUCUCCAAGAAAGAGCUGUAACCACUAAUAACCUAUGAUCUCUUGCUUAGGUAAGAUGGGGCGGUGACUGUCUGCCUGCGGGGCUCUGGUGCAAAACCGAGCGUUUCAAAGAAUCUUGGGCAGGUAGGGCGCGGCAGAGCCUGGCGCAUCACGUACAUGAUGAGAGAAGUCUGCACUCUCCCCCACUUAGCUUAUUAGAUAUUGUUGCUGUAGUCUGAGCCGACCUCAAGCUAACCCUACCAUUCCCUGUGACUUCAAGCUGCAGUUAGUCGCUCACUGCCUUGGGGCAUCCGGAAAUCAUUAGAUCUGCCUAGCGCAUGAUGCGGGGGCAGUCACUGGCCUCGGGCUGCUGUGGACCCAAGUGUUGCUGAGCAGGAUGGUCUUCAGAAACUCCGUUAAAAUGCUACUCUAAUUCAUCAAACUGGAUCCUUCCAGUUUAGGUUAUUAGGAUUGCUUGGUAAAGGUUGAGUAUCCCAUAGGCUUUAAGUUAUAAGCAUGUAUGAAAUUAAAGUGCUUGGAGUCUCGCCUGCCUCCUACCCAUGUUCUGGGCGGCGGGGUGGGGUGAGUGAGGACGGCUUGGCGGCAAGUCCUGCCUGCUGCGCCAUUUCUGCUGCCGGACUGACUCCACGCGUGUUUUUAAGGUCAGCAUCAGCCUGGGAGCAGUUUUCACAGCACAACUGGCUUUUCUGUGAGCUCUAACGGUGGUGUACACCGCGGACUGAGACUUGAGUCCUAACCCUCACCAAGAAUUGGAUGCUCCUCAGGUUUUCUCUUCUUGAUUCUCUUCCUGUCAAAAUGAAACGGAGCCCUUUCUAGGUUGGUUAGGGUUUAAUGAGAUAAUGGACUUAAAGCUGGAGCCAGUUAAGUAGUUAUCAGUGGGUCGGGUGGGAAGCCACGCAGGAGCCGUUGCACCUCCAGCGCUUUCUUUCCCAACAAGUUCGCUCGUGGAUUUUUAGCUCUCUACGGCCACUUCCCUAAGCAUCUUGUGUUAAACUCCUUACUGUAUAAAACAUCAUCUUUCCAGUAAGGCGUCUAGACCUCUUGCAGGA